UAAGGAAUCCACUACCUAACCAAUAAUUCAAAUGGUUAUAUAUUCAAAUUCUGUUAAUGAACGUAUAAAACGAACCCUUAAAUCAUUGAACUACGAUCACAGAAUAUCCUGUGAUCUCAUCAAAGAUUAUGCUGAUCUCCAGAAUUCAUCAACGAGAGAACAUGUAUUAAAUCUAGAAACUACGGCAAAACAGGAAGCACUGAGACAACAGAUUGAAGCAUCACUUCGUGACUCCGUUGAAGCGACCAAAAGGUUGCAAACAUUGAUUAGUGAAGUAGGUGGCAACUCACUGUGCACCGGGACAUACAUAAGUCUCUCGGAUGUACUGACGCUCUGGAAGAACGAUGUAGCGCUGCGUAUCGUCCUGUUUAAUCAACUGCGUACGUGUGAUGAACAAGAUUUUCAACGCCUUUUGCGCAUAUGGUUAGAUAGUCCCUAUACAACUAAACUAAAAUUUUUAAGCGAUUAAAG